AUGCUACGUUCUGAACGAGGCGAUGCCAAGGAGCAAAACACGCUGGCAGACUGGUACCUGAGGAUCAUCAAUUUAUUUCACCUGUGCUGCAGCAUUGCUCUCGUCGUACUGGCAGCUACAAGGCGUCGCGUUUGGGAGGCCAUCGGCGGACCAAGCCGCUGCAUCUGCCACGGCUGUGGCUCAUACAGGACAGAAAUGUCACUGUGGGAAGACUUGGAAGCCUUGGUGCGAUGGUUCGGUCGUCUGCGAUGGAAGCAACUGUUCCAGUGCCGUCGAGCUUACAUUGGAUUUCCUUUGCUUGCCGGCCUCAUACUCUGUCACGCCUGGUUGGUACUGCGAUGGAAGAGCGGAAUCCGCGAGGAUUGGCGCGAUGUUUACAAGAACGCGAAGGAGCCCUACGCGAUUGUCCACAUCAGCAGGCUUGGACAUGAAAGGAAGCUGAUCAAGCAGUGCCUCCUGCAUGAGGCGGUCGACAACGAGAAGUUUCUGGUGCAGUUUCAAACUCCGAAGGAUAUGGAGCCACUGGUGCCGCCGCAGCCAAAGCCAACAAAGCCAGAGGAUAUCGAUCCAGAGCAGGACAAGCCACGGGCGUGA